UGUUUCCAAUUUUCCGCUUCCCGUGGAAUUCCAUUCGCUCAAGGCUGGACAAAAUUUGUCAGUUCUGGUCUGAUGAAGGCUCACGUAGUGAUUGCUUCUGGUUAUUGGAUGUGGUCACGUUGCUUGGAGGGAGCAAAAGCGCAACCACAUCUAGGAUUAAAUGGGAACAUAACAUUCGCUACUUUUCCAAUUCUGUGUUUGCAUUCCAAGGCUUCGUAUUCCUCCUGCAAGUGAUUCAUUCAAUGCAUAACCAAAAGGACGAUUCAGCGCUCGUCGUAUUUGAUGGUUUGAAACUGUUCAUCUACUUUGUUGCAGUUUCGAAGAUGCUCGUGCUGUCACACCUCCAAAAACCGAUCACGGUCAUUAGGAAUUUUUUUACUGGAAACAGUGUGAAUUCCGGAAACCAGGACAUCGAUGAGCUUGAACAACGAAAGUUCAAUCGCUAUGCUCGAACAAUUAUGAAGCUUUCGAUUGGGCUGGUGCUCGUGAAUAUCGUGGCUUUUUCGGUGCCAAACACUGUCACCGAAAAAGCCCUUGCGUUGCCACCUUUGCUGCAGGGUUUCGGGCAACCAAUGCUGAGCAUCUUCCGCUGCCUAGCUAUAAACUGUAUGCCCCUUGGAAUCGUUCCCAGAUUUUUAACAAAUUUUACCACCGUUGCCACUUUGCUACUGGGGAUGCGUGCUAAGCUUAGAAUGCUGGCGUAUCGAUAUGCUCAGCUAUUGGUUCGCUCAAGAACUGACGCGGAGUACACAUUGGAUCGCAUCAACCGAGAUAUUAGGGAAAUCUUGGAUCAGCAAUUGGAGUAUUGGAGAGUAUUAAGGGAACUAAAAGACGUGGUUGGGAAAAUGUUUUUCCUAGUUCACUACUCGUCAAUUCUCGCCGUCGGUGCAUUUCUUUUCAUUGCUCAACAUACUGGAGUGAACAUAUUCUCGGCAUCACUUGCAUCUGGGGCUGGAUUUUUCCUUCUGGAGCAUUACUUCCAGUGUCGCAUGGUUGAUACUUUUCAGGACGAGGUAACAUAACGUCUCAUUUAUGUCGAAUUCGUUUUUGAACCUGGGUUGGAACUGGAUUGGCGGAAAAUGUGUAAACAAACAAACGUCAAACAAACUCAAACAAACUUUAGUACAAGCGAAACCGAAGUCGGGUUGGGGUUGAAACUGUGAUCUCAUCCAGUUCCAACCCAGGUUGGAACUGAAUCAAAAACGAAAACGACAUU